AUGGAACGAUCUUGCCAUGCCAACAAGCUCAACCUUCCGGAGAGCAAGCAAAAAGGCAUGAUAGAAAUUGUCAUGGCGAAUAAUUUUGGGCUAUGUUCUACGCGAGUUGAGGAAGAGAAGAUCGACAGUCAUAAUUCUUUCUUUCAUUAUUCAAAUACAAUUUGGCACAAGAAUGAUAACAUUACGAACGGAAAAUAUCCGAGAGAAGAAUUUAUCGCGUGGAAAUGCUCCUAUGGCUCGCGCUACCACAUCACUCCUGAUUGCAAAAAUGAAACUCAUCCAGAAGAAUGCCAGAAAAUUCCAGAAGAUCAUUUGAGCGGCUUCAAUUUAUCAAGCAGUCACUCAAAGAAUUUAUCGUCGAUCCGUAUUGACAGGGAAAAUAAAGUAGACUUAGAAACUGAUCUUUCUUUGUAUCUCACGAACGAGGACAUGUUCAACAGUCUGAGGAUUUAUGGGAAAGCAUACAGCAGCCCUACAUUUGAAUUUGAAGACCAACUUGUGAAAUACGAUUAUUUUGGCGGAAGCGAGCCAUUUUAUGUUUUGGACAAAAACAACCCUUGGACAUCCUUACAGGAAUGGGAUAAAAACAAACGAGUUUGA